AUGCGUCGCUCCGAAGCGCGGUGUGUGGGACUCUUCUGGCCCACUACCGCCCCGCUUCGCGGCGGCUACAAGUUCUUCGAGGACAUGUUCCCGAAGCACGAUCCAGCACCGCGCUAUGCGACGUACGAGGAACAGGCAGGCAGUGCCACCGUCAAGUCCCUCGAGCCGAAGCGGCAGAUGACGGAGACGGAGAAGCUGCACCACCUGCACGACUGGAAAAAGGAGAACGAUGGCCUCACGCCGCCGCCGGAGUUCGGCUGGCCGGAGGAGUGGGGUCCGGAGCCGGGCGAAGAGGGCCACAGCGAGUGGUACAAGAAGAACCGUAUGUACAUGUCGUACGAGGAGAAGUGCAAGUACGACCUCCGCACGGGCGUCCCGGUGGAGAAGAACUCUAUGCGCCACCAAGAGAUGCCGUACCACAAGCGCAUGAAGGCGGCAUACCACAACCUACAUGAGGAGAAGCCGCAGUGGUUUGACCCGCGGCAGCGCAAGUAUUGGGCGCACUACUCGUACGAAGAUCAGCGCGACUCUGUCGCCAAGUCACGCGACGACUACCUGCGGGAAUGGCUGGAUAAACCAGAUGUGACGCGAGAGAAUGUCGCCAAGAAGAUAGGUGAAUACAAUGGCACGGCGAAGCAACAAAAUGUGAAGCCCGUGCAGCGGCGCCCCGAAUGGGAGUUGGCGCCUUUGCCAGGGGAAGAUUGA